AAAUUGAAUAAAAGAUGAUACCUUUAACUUUCUUUUCCUCAUUCCCUUGCAAAACCCUGCUUACACCCCUCAGAAAUUAGAACGAACAUAAACGACGUCGUAGUAGUCAACAUGGAAGACAGAGGAAACAAGGAAGUGCAGAACGAACACCGAGUUUGUAACGAUGAAGAAGAAAUUGUUUGCUUAGAUGAAUCAUUCUUUAUCGAUGACAAUUACCAGUUGACGGAAUUCACCUUUGGCUCUCAACAUAUCGACCUUUUCUGUCUGCAUUCUGCUUCCACUGACUUUGAUUUGACAGGGCAGCUGGUGUGGCCUGGAGCCAUGUUGAUGAAUGAUUAUCUAUCGAAAAAUGUUGAGAUGUUUCAGGGUUGCUCUGUCAUUGAAUUAGGUUCUGGUGUAGGUAUUACUGGAAUACUUUGCCACAGAUUCUGCAAUAAAGUUGUGCUGACAGACCAUAAUGAAGAAGUGCUUAAGAUCAUAAAGAAAAAUAUAGAGCUGCAUUCAUGUCCUGAAAAUAUUAGUCCUACUUCCCAGGGAUUAGAAGCAGAGAAACUAGAAUGGGGGAACACUGAUCAGAUCAAUGAAAUUUUACAGAAACAUCAUGGCGGUUUCGACUUCGUUCUUGGUGCUGAUAUCUGCUUUCAGCAGUCAAGUAUCCCUCUGCUCUUUGAUAGUGUUAGACAGCUUCUGCAAGUUAAAGAAGGCAGAAAAUGCAAAUUCAUUCUGGCCUAUGUAUCACGAACCAAGAUGAUGGAUUCAAUGAUUGUUUCAGAAGCUUCUAAGUUUCAGAUGCAGAUGAAGGAAGUGCCUGGAACAAAGUGUAUUGUUGGGAAUCUUGAAGGUGUUAUCUUUGAGAUUACUCUGAAUUAGAAUCAUUCAUUUAAAUAUAGUACGAGGUUUCCAAAAGCAGAUAUAAUCAAAAUUGAUUUGAGGUACCUUUUGUUCCAACUUAAAGGUACUCACUCAACCCUUUCUAGUGAAGACGAAGAUAUAGAUUAUGCAAUGAAGAUAGCCUAUUUUGUAGUGUCUAUCUUGCAAAAUGUAUUGUUUUUCUAUGUUUUUUUUAUUCAUAAGAAUUGAAGGAACACUAGAAUUAGUGAGAAUCAAGUUUUGUAACUUAUUGUUAUGAUCAUCUUUUUUAAAUAAUUUAUUUAUUUUUUGUAAAAA